UAUAAGACAUAUAGGAAUGCAUUUGUUUCGGGAAGUGUUGACAAUAUUUUACAGAAAUUAGAUAAAGAGCUGAUCGAUCCUCUGUUGGCCAAACCAGUGGCGCCGACCCCUGAACCUCCCGCUCGCGAGCGAAUCCCGGAAUACGAUCCGUUGAGAGAGCCGAUGCCCGGCGCCCGACCGAUGCCCGGCUACGGACCCGGUAUUGGCUACGAUCCCAAUUAUGGCGGUGUCGGUCAGUGGCCCCCUCCCUAUGGCGGCGCUGAUUUGGAUCCAUUGGGUAGAGCACAGGGAGGUAUGAUUAUGGAUCCGCGUGCCUUUCCCGGACCCUUUGGUCGCGGGCCACGUAAUCCGGCCCCCGGUCUGCCUCCCGGGGCUAUUCCUCCCGGCGCUCGCUUUGAUCCGUUCGGUCCGCCCGGUGUCGGACCCAAUCCCAGACCUCACCGCAAUCCGAGACAACAGGGGCCAGACCCCGACCACUUGCCUCCCCCGGGAUAUGACGAUAUGUUUAUGUAAUGCAUUGAUUGGAUAACAAACAAACAUUUUGUUAAUCCUAUAAAAAUGAACAAAAAUUGUCAUAUGUUUUGAUAUAAUUAGUGUAUAAAAUGCAAACUUAUCUAAAUGUAAAUUUACACAAUUGUUAGAUAAACAUUACUUUUUCAAUAAAUAACAGCCAAUUCUA